AUGUCUAGUCAAUUUGCUAAUUUACAAGAAUAUAUUGCCAGUCUACCACCUAAUGUAAUACAGAAUAUUUAUGGACAUCCGGCAAGUUGUUUGGCAAUAUUUCGUGAUUUACCAGUACUUGCAAGAACAAUUAUUAUGAGAUUUAUUUGUUUACCAAAUUCAGAAACAACUGGACAACCACAACCAAUUAGUCAAGGUGUUGUGUCAUCAUGGAUUAAUCCAUCUCAUCAAAACACAUAUAAAAUGAUUAGUCGAAUGCUUGUUAAAUUAGGUAUAUGGAAUGAAAUAGGUACGGAUUGGCAGCUCGAUGCUACAUUUAGAAAUAAUUUAACUGGUGCUAUUUUUGGUGGCACAACUAUUUGGCUUGAUGAAACAGAUUCAACAGCAGGUCCGAGUGAACGUAAUAUAAAAAAACUUGAUGAACUCAAUACAUAUUCUUCCACUCGAUGGGAUUGUGUCUUACAAUAUCUUGUUAAUCCUGAUAGAGGACAAAUUACUCGUGAUACAAUUGAUGUGUUUGUUCAUGCUAAAUUACUCAGACGAAAUGAAGAUACUUCUUCAUCUAGUACUGAUCCUUAUACAAUAACAGGUUCUGGUUUUCAAUUUUUACUAAUGAAUCGACGAUCACAAGUAUGGUUUUUUAUUAUAAAUUCAUUAGAAACACGUCAACAACGUGGUGAAGAUAUAAGUGAACAUUUAAUAUUUUUAUUUCAACUUAGUUUUGCAACAUUUGGCAAAGAUUAUUCAUGUGAAAAAUUUAGUUCAGUUAAAGAAAAUUUUCUUCAACAUCUUCGUGAACUUGGUCUUACUUGGCAAAAAACGAGAAAAAUUAAACGUUACUUUCCAACAAAACUUGCGAUUGAAUUAGCAUCAGGUUUAUCAACAAAUGGAUUUGUAGAUCAACAAUAUGGAAAUGAUGAAAUUCAAUCCGGGUUUCUUGUUGUUGAAACAAAUUAUCGUGUUUAUGCGUAUACAAAUAAUGAUUUAUAUUUAAAAAUUAUUGCACUAUUUUGUAAAAUGCUCUAUAGAUUUCCAAAUAUGAGUGUUGGACUUAUUACUCGACAAAGUAUUCGUAGAGCAUUAAGCAAAGAAAUCUCUGCUGAUUUGAUUCUAAACUUUCUAAAAUCUAAUGCACAUCCACAAAUGCGUAAACGAUUAUUGGAAAAUAAACCAUUAAUACCAACAACAAUAAGUGAUCAAAUUCGUUUAUGGGAAAUGGAACGAGAUCGUGUUGUUGAUCAAGAAGGCAUGCUCUAUAAUCAAUUUAAUAGUGCAAAUGAUUUUGAAUUAAUUGAAAAAUAUGCUAAAGAUUUAAAUGUAUUACUUUGGAGUAAUACACAAAAACGAUGUAUUAUUGUAUCAAAAGCAGGUCAUGAAGAAGUAAAACGUUUCUGGAAAAUGCAACGACCAAAAUCUAGCAAUGAAAAUUAA